AUGGCUGUUUCUAUAACAAACACUGAGACCAAUCCAGAAAUUUACGUCAUGUUCUGCUUAAGUGGGAUGGUGUUUGGAAUACUUAUAGGAAUUUGUGUCACGUGGUUGUUUCUCAAAAGAGUGCCAAAAAUGCAGUUGACGGUUAGUCAAGAAAUAAAUCGCAAUAUAAACACCACUGGAAAAGACAUUUUGAAUGAUGACGCAGAAUAUUCAGAAAUUCCUUGCAUUCAGGAAUAUUUUAAAGUGGAGGAAACUCUUCUAUCAGGAGAAAAAACAGAUGAUAUUAGGAAACACCGAGAUGAAGAUAUUAAACUUCGUAAAGAUCUACAGGCAUCACCUUCUAUGAUUGUACAAGUAGACAUCACUGAACCCCUUUUUCAAAGCGAUUCGUAUCCCAAAAUGGAAUUACCCGAAGGUAAUGAAUAUGUAGAACCACUGUGUCACGAAUAUCACCACCUGACACCAAUGAACACUAUAAGCGAUGUUAUCAUGGAACAUGCAUCAUUCUCUAGGAUUGAACAGGUAGAUUUAAGUGUACCAUCUUGUACAAAUGAUUCUUAUCCAAAACAGGAACUGACUCCCAGGAACACUACAAAUAACGAAACCAUGCAAACGUGGGAUCAAAAAGAUAAACAUUAUUCAUCAAAUACAGAAGACACUGAAGAAAUUAGAGAAAAAGAUAGAAACACAAAUGUUGUGCAAAACAGUUUUUUGAUGUCAGGUAUGUCUCAAGAGAGAAAAGUUGGAGAAACUAAAAUGUAUACUUCUAAGGAUGUAGGAGAAGCAGCAGACUCUGUUUACUUUGUUUUAAAUACAGAAUAUUUAAAUUCAACUCGGAAUGACGUCAAAGCAGAAGGAGUAAAUGGCAAAUUGUACGUUGAGCUAGAAAAAAGAUUUUGAAUUUUCCCCCAGUACUAGCUUGUGAUGGUUUACAUUUAUACAUGCACUGGUUUGAUGUGACAUGGAAAAUUACUUUUUCCAAAUCAGAAAAGAAAUAUAUUUACUCAAACAACAGAAAAGUCUUCAGAAUGAUGAUUGUUAACGAGGUAAUUUUCAUCUCCUAACAACAGAGUUGGAGGUGAUACAUUAGCGCAGUCGUACAUGUGUGUUU